AUGCAUUUUUCAAUACCUGAAACGGAGGUUCGUUCGGGGGAGAACGGUUCAACCUAUGUGGCCUACAACAUCCAUGUGAACGGGGUGCUGCACUGUCGGGUCCGCUACAGUCAACUUCUGGGCCUCCAUGAACAGAUCAAAAAAGAGUAUGGCAGCAAUGUGGUGCCUGCUUUCCCCCCAAAGAAGAUCUUCACGCUGACCCCUGCUGAGGUUGAACAGAGGCGAGAACAGCUUGAGAAAUACAUGCAGGCUGUCCGUCAGCAUCCUUUGCUUGGAACCAGUGAGAUGUUCAACAGCUUCUUAAGGAAAGCACAGCAGGAGACCCAGCAGAUUCCAACAGAAGAGGUUGUUUUAGACAUCUGCCUCUCUAACGGCCAGAAAGUUACAGUCAACAUUCUGACCUCAGAUCAGACAGAGGAUGUCCUUGAUGCUGUUGCAACAAAACUGGAUCUCCCAGAAGAUCUUGUUGGGUAUUUCAGUCUCUUCUUGGUCCGUGAAGAUGUGGAUGGAAGUUUAACCUUUGUUCGGAAGCUGCAGGACUUUGAGCUGCCUUACGUAUCCAUUACCAGCUUGCGGAGCUCUGAAUUUCACAUAGUCCUACGGAAAAGCUACUGGGACAUGGCAUAUGACGGUGAUGUGAUGGACAACAGAGUGGGCCUGAAUUUGUUAUACGCCCAGACAGUGUCUGACAUUGAGCGAGGCUGGAUACUCGUCAACAAAGACCAGCACAGGCAGCUCAAAUCGCUGCAAGAGAAAGGCUCCAAGAAAGAAUUCAUCCAUCUAGGUCAGACUCUCAAAUAUUAUGGCUACAUCAAGUUUGACCCGUGCAUCACUGACUUCCCUGAGAAGGGCUGCCAAGUCAUAGUCAGUGCCGGCAACAACGAGCUCAAUUUCCAUGUCAAGCUGCCCAAUGACCAAAUGAAGGAGGGAAGCUUCAAGGUCACGCGCAUGAGGUGUUGGCGAGUCACAUCAUCUCAAGUCCCAGUGUCCAAUGGUACAACGAAUCCUUGCAGCUCAGCCAAAUGCGAGGUCAAGCUGGAGCUGUCCUUUGAGUACUUGAUGAGCAAGGACCGUCUCCAGUGGGUCACCAUCACGAGUCAGCAGGCCAUCAUGAUGAGUAUCUGCCUUCAGUCUAUGGUGGAUGAAUUAAUGGUGAAGAAGUCCGGUGGCAGCAUAAAGAAGAUGCUGAAGAAGCGACACAAUGGCUCCAUCCACCGGGCUGACAGUCAGCAGACUGUAAAGUCCCCCCCUCUACUGGACUCUCCUGACCCGAACCGUGAACAAAUGGUCAAACUCUCGGUGAGUGCUUGUUUCCCUUUUGCGGUGCUGCAGUGCAGCUCAGAGCAGAGCUGCGUAAUAAUCUAUGCUCCUAUUCACACCAGUGUUAACGACACUACUGAUUAUUCCAUUCAGACCAAGCUGAACUCGGUGUCUCUCAGAGGGAUCAGCGCCUCUAACUCGGCUAACGAUAUCAGCGGCAAUGAUUUCCAUGGCAACUACGCUUUCGAGGGGAUUGGAGACGACGACCUGUAA